AUGUGGCGUUAUCGGAACAAGCGUGUGCGCGAGGUCGCCAUGGGCGCUGUCGUUUUCGUCGUCACCGUCCUCCACUUUCUCUACAUGGCCUCCUACGCCCUCGACUUCCUCGGACCGACCAUGUCCCCAGCGGCCUACGUCUUCUACGCUACCGCCAACGCCUAUGCUUGCUCGGCCGUCAUCAACAUCCACCGGCUGCGUCACCGUUUCAACACGAGGCAUCGCAUCGUCGUCCUCGUCUCCGAGGACGUCUCGCCCGAGUACCUCGACCUCUUCGCCGGCCUGAACGCGACGGUGCUCCAUCAGACGCCGCCACAGCUACCCGACGGGGGCUCCUACUACUACAAGGACUGCCUCCUCAAGCUGGUGGCUUUCAAGAUGCAUCUGCUGGACCCGACCGUCCAACGGCUGCUCGUCCUCGACUCGGACCAGCUCAUCGUCCGCAACAUCGACUUCAUGCUCGAUCGCCGCUUGACCGACGACGUCGCCGCGCCGUCUGCCUACUGGCUGGCGCCCGGAACCUUGGCCAGCACCUGCAUGCUCAUCCAGCCGAACCCGACGCUCUGGGAAGAGGUCGAGGGCGCCAUCAACACCACGUCGGCCCAGCAUUACGACAUGGACAUCUUCAACGAUCUCUUCGCCCAUCGUGCCCGCCGGCUCUCCGGAAGCUACGUCACGCUCAACAGCCACUGGGAAGACCGAACGGUGCCCACCUGGUUCACGACCGAUCGAAACGUGACCUUCCCCGCCGACGCAUGGGCCCGGGACGCCUCGGACGACGAGCUGGACGAGCUGUACAACAAUCAAACCGACAUCCUGCACUACACCGCCGUUGGCAAGCCGUGGAUGUGGUCGACGGAACAAACUAAGCUGAAGCGACCAGACGCCCAUCCCGUUCUCUUUCACCAAUGGUCCCAAUGGCGCAUUUUAGCCUCGGAAUUGUGCCCCAACGGCUUCAUCAGCGUCAUUUGA